AUGCGUGUGCUGUCGAUUCUUUUGAGCAGUUGGUUGAUGGCAGUUGCCAUUGCCGCCGAGAUCACCCAGCGAGUCUACUUUGACAUCGAACAGGGCGGAAAGCCUCUGGGUCGUAUUGUGAUGGGUCUGUAUGGCGAUGUGGUUCCCAAGACUGCUGCUAAUUUCCUCCAGCUGGCAACCGGUGAGAACGGGUUUGGCUACGAGGGCUCUGCUUUCCACCGCGUGAUCAAGAACUUUAUGAUUCAGGGCGGCGAUUUCACCAGGGGCGACGGCACGGGUGGCAAGUCUAUUUACGGCGACCGCUUUGCCGACGAGAACUUUGACAUCAAGCACACUCGCCCUGGUCUGCUGUCCAUGGCUAAUGCUGGCCGGGACACCAACGGCUCUCAAUUCUUCAUUACCACUAUUGCGACUCCUUGGCUCGACGGCAAGCACGUUGUUUUCGGUGAAGUCAUCGACGGCAUGGACAUUGUUCGUGCCAUUGAGACGACCAAGACCUCUCGCGGCGACCGUCCCGUUGACGCAGUUGUCAUCAAGCGUUCUGGUGCCAUCAAGCCCAAUGCGCAGCCGGCUGAAUACGAGACCAUUGACCGCGAUCCCUAA